AUGAUGAAAUUAACAUUUGAAAAUCUUUCGUUAAAAUUGGUAUUGAUAUUAUUUAUAGUAAUAAAAAAUGUGGUUGGAAAUAAUAUUAAAAUUGGGGGUAAUUCAGUUUUUCCAUAUUCGGAACAAAGAAACAUAUUUACAGAAAGAUUAAUGUUAUUUAUUGUAGAUAAUAUUGAAUGUAUAGAAAAAGCAAGGAAAGAUAUUGUAGAGAAGUUCGAGGAUGAUAAAAAGUUGGCAAGUGUAGGAUUAUAUAGAAGAGUAAGGGUAGAGUUAAGAAAGAGGGAUGAAGUAAAAUUUAUUAAAGAAGUAAACACAAUGCGUCCAUUAAGUGGCUUAUUUCCAGUUUUAGUUGGAGAGAUUAUUGAUAACUCAUUAAAUUAUUGUAUAUUUAGAUAUGUUGAUAUAAAUAAGUGGUCAGGUUUUAGUUAUGGGAGGAAACUUCCACAAGAUUUAGUCAAAGAAUUGGAGAAGGAACUAUUGGAGAAGAAUACAAUAAGUAUUCUUUUAUUUAAAGGGAUUUGGUAUAUAUAUGAAGGAAAUGGGUAUUAUUCUUUAAUAAGAAUAGGGGAGAAUACACAACAUAUGGGUAUUUUUUCAUAUUCAGGCAUAAUAAGUAGUUUACAUUAUAUAUUUGUAAAAAUAGAGUAUAGAGAAAAGUCAAUAAUAGAUAAUUUAGGAUCUCAUAGAAAGAAAAAGGUUGAGAUAAAUGAAAAUAGAAUGGAGAUGCUUAGACAAGAAUUUAUAUUUAGAAGAUCACUCAUGAGCUUAGUAGAUAAAGAACAAGAUGAAAGGAUGGAUAUGGAUGCUAGACAAAUUGUAAUUCUUAGAGAUAAGAUCGAGAAAGAUUUAAAAAUGGAGGCAGCCAGGAACAAUAGAAGAUCAUUAGGUUUACAAGAAAGUUGUAGUAAUUGUAAUGAUAUAUUCAAAUGCCCAAAUUGUGAUUUAGAAAUUUUUCCCUCAGAAAAUGAAAUAGCAUUUAAUUCUUUAGCAAUUUUACAAAGUAGGGGAUUUUGGUAUGAAGAUACAAUAAACAGUGAUACUAAAUUUCAGAUUAAUACACCAUUUUAUGAAAAAAUGAAUCUUGAGAAUUACAAUAUUCACUGUUUAGGGAUUUCUUAUCUAAAUAAUGAAAAAGAGAAAAAUAUUAAAUCUAAAAAUAUUUCUUCAACAAUGGAAGAUAUAUCUCAAAUUUUUGAGUUAGAAAACCCAUCUUAUAGUUUAAUGCCUAUAAAAAAUUCAGAAAAUGAUCAAAAAGGUUCUUAUAAUUCAUUGGAUGUUAAAUCUCAAGAUCCAAAAGUCUCAUUUUUGGGAUCUACAAAUUCUCAGAGUUUGACAAAAGCCGAAGGUUCUCGUAGCUUUUCAAAAUUGAACUCACAAUAUUCUUCUAUUUUAGAGCCAUCUGAGUCUUUGAAUCAAAAAUUGGAGAUUUCUGAUAAAAGUUUCAAAAGUGGGUCAAAGCCUUUAAAGCGUCUUCCAAGGUCAUUUAAAGCUAAUUUAGGUGGAGUGGAACCAUCCAGAGAUUUAAGUCAGUCUCAAAGUAUGUCUCUGUUUCCUGCUCCAGUUUCAGCUCCAGUUUCAGCUCCAGCUACAGCUCAAAUGGAGUCGUCCAAAGAUCCUAGCUUAUUCCAAACUUUGGUUCCAGCUUCAGCUCCAGCUACAGCUCCAGCUACAGCUCAAAUGGAGUCAUCCAGAGAUCCUAGCUUGUCCCAAACUUUGGCUCCAGCUUCAGCUCCAGCUCCAGCUCCAGGCCAAAUGGAGCCAUCCAGAGAUUUUAGCUUGUCCAAGACUAUGGCUCCAGCUCUAGUUCCAGCUGCAGCUCAAAUGGAGUCAUCCAGAGAUCCUAGCCUAUUCCAAACUUUGGUUCCAGCUUCAGCUCCAGCUACAACUCAAAUUGAGUCAUCCAGAGAUCUUAGCUUGUCCCAGACUGUGGCUCCAGCUCUAGUUCCAGCUACAACUCAAAUGGAGUCAUCCAGAGAUCCUAGCUUGUCCCAAACUUUGGCUCCAGCUUCAGCUCCAGCUCCAGCUCCAGCUCCAGCUCCAGCCGCAGUUCAAGCUCCCUCUGCAGUUCCAGCUGCAGUUUCAGCUCCCCCUCCAGCUCAAAUGGAACCACCCAAAGAUCCUAGAUUAUCCCAAACUAUCUCUGCAGUUCCAUAUCAACCUUCAGCCCCAUAUCCAGCUCCACACCCUGGCCCAACUCCAUAUCCAACUCCAUAUCCAGCUCCAUUUCCAGCUCAAUUUCCCGUAUCACACCCAGCCUCAUACCCAGCCACAUACCAAACCCCAUAUCCAUAUCCUUACCCGUACCCUUUAGCUCCUUUUUCAUACCCUCCUCCUUUUUCAUAUCCUCCUCCUUUUUCAUAUCCAGCAAUAACUUCAUAUCCUACACCAACUUUAUCUCCAACUCAAAUAGAAUCUUCACCAAAUGGUACUGCCACAAAACCUCCAGAACCAAAAUCCAGUAAAAGGAUUAGUAAAAAACUCAAAUCACAUUACCAAAAUCAUAAUUCAAAAAGUCAUUCAAAAAGACAAGAUUUCUCUCCAAGUUAUAGGGAUUCAACUAUUCCAAUUUCAAAACAAGAAAAAAAAAGGUCAAGAUCACAAAAUAAGAGAGAAAUACAACAAAUAAAGGCUAAAAAAACUAGAACAAACCAAUAUUCAUCUAAUUCAAAACCAUCUUCUAAAAAGAGAGAUAUGAAAAGAAAGAAAUAUAAGAGUAAAUACAACCAAAAUAGUUCAAAUGAUUCUUCAGAUCAAUCAUUAUUUGAACCUAGCUCAAGUAAAAUGACGGUUAUUUCUGAUGUUGAAACUAACUCAAGCUCAAUGUUUGAGCCAGCUUCAAGAAAAAAACCAAGAUCAAAAUUAAGAUCAGAUAUACUAGAAAACACUGAUAAAAAUAGUCAUGAUCUUGAAAUUCAAGUCCCUACAAUCAAAGUUAAAUACAUAAAAGAGGAGAAAAUAAUACAAGAUCUAAUUGAAACCAAACAAAAGGAAAGCUUUUCUUUUGUUUAUCCUUCUUUUAAUAUUCAACAAAUUAAAGAAUUAAUAGAAUUAGAGUCUUUUUGGACUAAUAAAAAACAUAGUAUAAUUCAUUUAGGAAACAAUACACAGUUACCUUUUGAGUUUACCUACAAAUUAAUGGAUACAGAAAAAAAGUUGAAAUAG